AUGGCAACUGGAGACAGGGAUGGAGACAGGAAUCUCUCAAUAGCUGGACCACAAGAAGCUCCAAAUAUCAGGAAAGAUAAGUCACCUCCUGAAGGCACAGACAAACUGCCAACAGGGAGUGGACUCUCCACUCUCCUGGAUGAACAGAAACGAUGGACCUCUAAUGGUCUUAUGUCCUCGGUUUUAUCCCUUCCUCAGAUUCUGGAACUGCUCUUUCAGUUCUGUGCAUUUACUGAAGAAAUGAUUAGGAAAAAUGCGGAACAUAACAACUGUGAAAUUUUUUCCUUGGAGGAACUCUCCUUGCAUCAACAAGAAAUCGAAAAACUAGAAAAUAUUGACAAAUGGUGUCGGGAUUUAAAAAUUCUCUAUCUUCAAAACAAUAUUAUUGCAAAAAUCGAAAAUAUUAGCAGACUAAAGAAAUUACAAUACCUGAAUUUAGCUUUGAACAACAUUGAAAAAAUUGAAAAUUUGGAAGGAUGUGAAGGAUUGGAAAAACUUGAUCUCACAGUAAAUUUUGUUGGAGAAUUAAGCAGCAUUAAAAUUCUUCAGCAUAAUGUACAUCUUAAAGAAAUUUUUCUUAUGGGUAAUCCAUGUGCAGAUUUUGAAGGAUACAGAGAAUUUGUGAUUGCUACUCUACAACAGUUGCAAUGGUUAGAUGGCAAGGAAAUUGAGCGAUCAGAGAGAAUUCAGGCCUUGCAGAACUACCCAGAAAUUAGAGAAAAAAUCAAAGAACAGGAAAAAGCUUAUUGCCUCAAAAGAGCCAAAGAGAAAGAAGAGGCUCAGAGAAAACUUCAAGAAGAGGAAGAGAAGGAAAAACAGAAGGAAAACAGAAAUAGACCAGGCUUCGAUGGACGUUGGUACACAGAUAUCAACAACACUGUUCCAUAUUCGUUGGAGAAGAAAGAAAAUCACCAGCAACUUGCCAAAAAAGAGAAGGAAGUUAAUAAAAAGACACAAGAUGAAUUAGACAAAGAAUUCUGGGAGAAGCCUACCUUAUUUACCCCCGAGUCUAGACUAGAAACUCAUAGAUACUUGGAAAAACAAAGGAGAAACCAAGAAAAAUCAAGUGAGAAAAAAAAGCAGCAAAAGCCACCUAGGACUUUGAUCACUGCAGAUGGACGAGUCUUGAAUAUUAAUGAGCCAAAGCUUGAUUUUUCUUUGAAAGAUGAUGAAAAAAAUAAUCAAAUUGUCCUGGAUCUUGCUGUAUAUAGGUUCAUGGAUACUUCUCUAAUUGAUGUUGAUGUGCAGCCAACUUAUGUCCGAGUAAUGGUCAAGGGUAAGCCAUUUCAAAUUGUACUUCCUGCUGAAGUGAACCCUGAUAGUAGUUGUGCUAAAAGAUCUCAAACAACUGGACACCUGAUGAUCACCAUGCCAAAGGUAGGAGAAGUAAUUCUGGUUAACAGAAAAGCAAAUAAAUCUGUGAAAUAUCCUGAAAGAAACAAAUUGCAAGAAAAUAAAAGAGGCAAGCAAAUUGAGAAACUAGAGGUAGAUCCCAGCAAGUAUUCAUUCCCUGAUGUGACUACUAUAGUCCAAGAGAACAAAAACACUUUGGGACGAAUCAGAGCUAAACCGCAAACUAUGCCCUGUGCUGAUGAAGACCCAGACUUUGAAGAUAACCUUGAAGUACCACCUUUGAUUUAA